AUGCUUUCGUUUAGAACCACUGGCUACAAUGGCUACGGGGUCAAAUACUCCCCGUUCUAUGACAAUAAACUCGCCGUCGCGACGGCCGCCAACUACGGGCUUGUUGGGAACGGUCGUCUCUACAUCCUUUCCAUCAACAACGACGGCUCCAUCUCCAGUGACACACACUACGACACCCAGGACGGACUCUUUGAUAUUGCGUGGUCCGAAACCCACGAAAAUCAGUGUGUGGCUGCCUCCGGGGAUGGGUCCAUCAAGCUUUUUGAUGUUCAAGUGGGCCAGUUCCCCGUUAUGAAUUGGCACGAGCACCAGCGUGAGGUGUUCAGUGUCAACUGGAAUAUGGUGGACAAAACCAAUUUUGUGUCAGCGUCCUGGGAUGGAUCGAUCAAAAUCUGGCUGCCGAACCGCCAGCAGUCGCUCUUGACGUUAUCCCCCGAGGUUGACUACACCACAAUGGCGUCCCCGGUGGCGGCCACAGCCAAGGGCCCUGCGGUUCCGUUGUCCAAUAAAACCACCACAAACACUACGCAAACGUGUAUCUACCAGGCCGUCUUCUCACCGCACUCGCCGAGCGUGGUUGUGUCUGCCCACGCGAACUCACAUGUGAUGAUCUGGGACUUGCGUGCACCACACCCGCUUCAGUUGGACUACGUAGCGCAUGGUGGACUGGAGACGCUUACGAUCGACUGGAAUAAAUACCGGUCAGCGGUAAUCGCAUCUUCCGGGGUCGAUAAGAGCGUCAAGGUGUGGGACACACGCAUGAUCGAGUCGGUACAGCCCUCGGCGUCGGCGCCCAUGCCUUCCUUCCACAACGCGUCUCCAGCACCGUUAAACCAAUUCAUGGGACAUGAAUUCGCCGUCAGACGCAUUUCAUGGUCCCCACACGAUGGUGCCUCCUUGUUGUCAUGUUCGUACGAUAUGAGCUGCCGCGUGUGGCAGGACCACAUGGACGACAAGGCGCGCUUCUUAGGUGCGCGGCGCAUGGGGCCACUGCAGUGCACUGGUGUCUUUGGCAAUCACCGUGAGUUUGUCAUUGGCUGCGAUUGGUCUAUGUGGGGCGAGCCCGGCUGGUGCGUCAGCACUGGCUGGGACGAGAUGGUGUAUGUGUGGGAUACUCCGAAUAAGCAGGCAUAA